AUGGCGACAGCUUCUGUCGACGCUGUUACCGAUGGCGGCUCCAGCACCACCAAGACUCCCGCCCAGCUGAUGCAAGAACAGCACGAGGCUGCCGAAGCACACCGCCGCAGCGUGACGGUUGAAGAUGUCCCUGAUGAAGACGACAUCCAACACCCUCCUCCGCCCCACCACCAUGUCGAAGAGACGGAUGCUUCCAAAACUGAGGGCAGUGGCAGUGUUCCACUGUCCGAGAAGGCGGCAGGCAAGCAGAAGGCGUCCGACAAACCCCCUGUCCUCGACACACAGUCCGAGGAGGCUUUCCCAGCUCUGGGAGCUGCCACGAAAUCCGCUGCGGCUACCUCUGCGCGCCCCAUCUCGUAUGCCAAUCUCUCGGCAAAGGGUGCGGGUGCCAAUGGCUCCCCUGCCUUGGGAUCUCGUCCAACCUCCUCCGGUGCUCCCACCCCGACCUCGACCCCUGGCGCUCGGACCCCCGUCCCCAACCCUGCGGCUCGUGCCGGCGUCCUGCUGCCCGGAAGAGCUCGAGAUUCAUUCGAGAUCGACAACGCUGAUCUUGACAAGACCAAGUCCCUCCCACGAGUCUUUGCCGACGUCAAGAAGAAGUUCAACGUCACCGUCGCUACAAAAUCGGCUAACUUCGGCAGAGGGACCGAAUUCAUCGCUGAAGGUCCCAAGAACCGAGUCACGGAAGCUUUGAUGUAUGUUUCAAAGGAACUCACCCUGGAGAAACAAGUCAGGUUGGAGAUCCCGUCUACCGUUUCAGCUCAGGUCAUCGGACGAGGUGGCGCAAACAUCAAGAAACUCGAGACCCAGUUCAAUGUCCGCAUCCGGAUUGAUCGCGACACAAAGCCGGUUGCUAACCCAGACGACGUCAAGACCGAUGUGGUGGAGAUCCGGGGCAAUGCUGCCCAGGUCCGUCAAGUCUAUGAGCAAAUCUCCAACCAGGUCAAGUCGCUACAGCCGAAGGUCGACCUCCCUGUUCGCGGGAUUCCACCCGAGUUCUAUCCCUUCAUCGCUGGACGCCACGCCGAUCGCUUGCAACAGAUGGAACGUGAGCGCGACCUGCGCAUAAACGUGCCCCGAUAUCACACCUGGCAUCAGCAACCUCCGCCGCGACCCGCCCAGGCUGGUCAGAGACCCGUCUUCGUCCCCCAUGGAGACGACCACAUUGUCGUUUCCGGUGAUCAAGCUGCGGCAUUGGAGGCGCGUCUGAUGAUCGAGCAACUAGCUGGAGAGUUGCAGAAGGAGCUGCUGCUUGAAGAACUGGUCGGCGAGCAGAUCUUGCACCCAUACAUCGUUGGUGAGCGUGGAAUGGAUCCACUUCAAUUCUUGGAGCAGACUGGGUGCGCCGUGGUUUUACCCCCAUCUCAUCAUGAGACCGAGGACUAUCACAUCAUCGGCCCCAGAGAUCGGCUCGAAGCUGGUCGGAACCUUGCUGAACAAUUGAUGUCUCAGAAGUACAACCGUGCCGUUGACCUGCAGAAGCACUUUCAUGAUGCCCCUCAAGGCCCUGAACGCCACUCGAGGGCCCUUGCCCAGUAUCUGCAACAGAAAGCCAUCGAGCGAGAGUUCAUGAACUCACAUGGCGCCGAGAUCAUCUUCCCCCAAGGGAACAACGCAUCUUCCAGCUGGAAUGUCAUUACCAACGACCAGAAGAAUGCGACCAGCGCAGGCAAUGAGCUCCGGAAGAUCGCUCAAGCCUUUCCCUCUUCCAGAAUCGGGCUUGUGGAAGUUGACCCCUUCUUCCAUCCUCAUCUAGAACGGAUGCACUCGUCGAAUUUGAGGGAAAAUCUCGGUGUCCAUUUGAUUGUGCCCGAGGAUGGCUCCGAGCCUGUUAUACUCGUCUACGAAGGCCCUUCGCAGGAUGAAAACUUUUCUAUUCCUCGGACCAAGCCCAGCCAGGACGACGUUGCCACGUUCGAGAAGGCCCUCCAAGAGGCACAAGCCGCACUCCUCAGCAAUAUUCCUCACCAAGGCAUUUCUGUCCAGGACAUUCAUGUCCCCAAGAAGUUCCAGGACAAAGUUAAGCGAUUCGUCAACAACGAGCCGAAACCAGCUCCCCCACAGUCUUUCCCGGUGCAAGUUGAUUUCGGCGCCAGAGGUGGUGCCCGACAAUCGAACGGCGUCUCGCGUGGCUCACCUUCGGAAAGAGUCUACCUCAGGGGUCCGAGCGAGGCAGAUAUUGCGGAGUUGCGGCGGAAGAUUGAAGAGUUCUUGCAAGAAGCGGAGCAGGAUGAGAAGGAACGUGGAUACACCACCAGCUUUGCAUUCCCUGCGCAGUACAACAAGAACCUCAUUGGAAAGCAAGGAACAAACAUCAAGGCUCUACGCGAAAAGCACGAUGUCGAGAUUGACACCCGUGAGGAUGGCAAAAUCACCAUUAAAGGACCACAAAAGAAGGCGGAGGCAUGCAAAGCCGAGAUUCAACGACUGGGCAAGCAAUGGGAGGACGAAGUCAACUUUGCAAUCAAGAUUGACCCCAAGUACCAUGGCAUGCUCGUGGGCAGGAGCGGGGAGAACCUGCAGAAGAUCCAGAACAAGGUCGACAACGCCGUGCGGAUUGAUUUCCCGAAGGCGGCAAAAAUCAGUGAUGACGCCUCCGUCGCUGACAACGCCAGCGAGGUUGGUGCGAGCCGAGGCCAGCCUCAUGACGAGGUUAGAAUCAGAGGCCCGCGAGCAAAGGCCGAGAAGGUCCGCGAUGAACUGCUAAGUCUCCACCAAUACCUCGUGGACAACUCUCACACCGCGAAUGUGUCGGUGGCGCAAGGCCAAAUCGCUUCCCUGAUUGGCAGACGCGGUCAGGAAAUGGAGAAGCUUCGAGCUGAUACCGGUGCUCAGAUUGACAUUCCAAAAGCUGACGGCUCUGAUCGUGUGACGAUUCAGAUCAAGGGUACUAAGCAGCAAGUCGAGAAGGCCCGACAAGAACUACAGAAGCGAUCGAAGGCGUUUGAUGACGUUGUCACGCGUGUUUUGAAGGUCGACAGAAAGCACCACCGUGCUUUGAUCGGGUCUGGCGGUGCCAACAUCCAAAGCAUUGUCUCGAACGCUGGUGGUACCGGUACCAGUGCUGAACACGUUCGGUUCCCUCGUCAAGGCGAAGAGUCUGAUGACCUUACCAUCAAAGGUACUGCUGAUGUGGUUGAAAAGAUUCUGGCUGCCAUCCAGAGCUUCGUGGACGAGAGAGAAAAACAGAUCACCGAGACCGUUGACGUCCCGGUUAGCCAGCACCGUGAGCUAAUCGGACCCAAUGGCAGCACACGCAAGAAGCUGGAAGAACAAUUCGGCGUGACCCUCAAUGUCCCGCGUCAAGGAAGUGGUCAGACUGGUGUGAAGAUUGCUGGUCGCGCAGAGAAUGUCGCAAAGGCCAAGGAGCACAUUCAGGGAUUGACCUCGAAGCCCACAGGCGAGACGAUCAUGAUCCCGCGCGCCUUGCACCACACCAUUUCUCGUAACGGCGCCCUCUUCCGGGAGCUGGCACGGGACGGCAUCCGCGUUGAUCACAACGGACAGAAGCCACCUCCCAAACCUGCGACAAACCGUGGCCCAAGGGCACGGACGACCAAUGGCGAUAUGCCACUCAUUACUGAUCAACCCGGCGACGAGCAGUCGUACUCGUGGGAAAUUGUCUCUAACCAAGACGAGUUGAAGAACGAUGCAGGCAAGAUUCCUUGGGUCAUCCUCGCCGGGAAAGAUGCUUCAGACGACGCCGUUGCCAAGACCAAAGAGAAGAUCCAGUCGAUGCUCGAGAAAGCUUCUGAGCCCCAACACACGGGCUACCUCAUUCUCCCCGAUCCCCGACUACACCGGCACAUCAUCGGACAGGGUGGUUCUACCAUCAACUCCAUCCGUCGACAGUCAGGGUGCGACAUCCAAGUUCCCAACCGAAACUCUGGCAAGGGCGAGGAAGGAGAGGCCAUUACCAUCGUCGGCGAGAGAGAAGGCGUCGAGUCAGCUCGUGACCUGAUUUUGGACGCCAUCAAGAAUGCUAAUUCGGGUCGGGACUCUCCAAGAGGAGGUGCCGGUGGUCGUGCUUAG